UUUCUCACCAAUUUUCUUCCUCAAAACCACGCAUCAUUUUCCUUACUCUCCAAAAAAAAACUACUUUUCUCCCGGUGCAGCAAUACACCUGUUGAUUGGCUCCUUUUAAUAGGGCAUUGUUUCUAAUUGAUCUCCAGAUGUGGUUCCAUCAGGACACCUUCAGGACGUCCGCUGAAGAACUUGAGAAAGACCUGCGUCAUCCCACUUUAAAAUUGAAUCAAGUCGAGUAUUUCGCACCGCCUUUGGCGUAUAAACAUCGGCUCAUUCUCGGUGAUUUCACUUUUUAGAUUUAGUCACAAACGAUCGUUUCGCGCGAUCGAGUCAUUAGCGGAUUCUGUUGUUUCGUUCCGUCGAUUAUUCCAUAGCGGACGUGUUAAAUGAAAACGAUCGUGCCGUGUCUUAAUCGUCCUGAUCAGGACGAUAAACGACGAGGUAGCGCGAAGGAUUGCAGUUCAAUUUUUCUGUUGUGUUAGUUUGUAUUUUAGUGAUUUCGAUGUGUAGGAGCGUUCCGUUUGCAUUUGAAUUCUGUAUUUUUCUUGUAUUUGUCGGAAUUGCACGUGGGUAGCGGUUCUAGGAUACUUAAUAGUAAACUCGUUGGGUUGACACUGCCAAUUUCGCUACUCUCGUUCAAUUAAAAUAAAAUUUAAAAUGCGCCGAUCGAGGAAAAAACGUUCAUAAUUUAGACUAGAAAAAAACGGAAAUGCUGGACUUGGUGAAACGCGUCGGUGCCGUCGCCGGCGCCGGUCCGCCUUACGUGAAUUUGCGGAAAAAGGACAAGCCUUCGAAAAAGGCGGGCGUUCUGUCGCGACCGCGCAGCUUAUUGUGCACCAGGAACACCGAGGAUCUAUACGGAAAUGGCAUGCAGAGGCAGAGCAACACUUGGAAGUUCCAUCGCCCCAGGUCCACCACUUCUCUCAGUGAUGUAUCCGCAGCGACCCCCGUGACUCAAGGCUCGCCGAUCAGGUGCGCCUUAUCUAGAAACAACAUGGAAAGUCCGAAGAAGUCCCCGCAGAACAGUCCAGCGACCGGCGACAAGGCCACCGUAAAAGUGCAUUUACCCAAUGGCGGAUUUAACGUCGUCAGGUAUGGCGAUAAUGUCGAAAUUAAAGGCAUUAUUCAAACGGUAACCGAGAGAUUAUCGACAGGAGAGAGAUAUUAUAAUGGACUUUAUGCAAUGAGAUUAUCCAGGCCGCCCUCAACUGAAAUGCAUUGGUUACAUCAGGACACUACUAUGCAACAAAUUCACGAAAAAUACCUAAAAAAGCAUCCUAACUCAGAAUGGAGGUAUGAUCUCCGAAUAAGAUAUUUACCCACUAGUCUUAGGGAACUGUACGAUAAGGACAAAGUAACUUUCCAUUACUAUUUCGAUCAAGUGAGAAGUGAUUACCAUCUAGAAUUACAUAAAAAAAUAGAUCAAGACACGGCCAUCCAGCUGUGUUGCUUAGAAAUUAGGAAAUACUUCAAAGACAUGCCUCAAAACGUUCUGGAGAAGAAAUCUAGUUUCGAAUAUUUAGAAAGGGAAGGAAUGCAAAAGUUCAUACCGAACAGCGUGCUGGAAAAAAUGAAAUCGAAGUCGCUAAGGAAGAACAUUCAGAUGCAGUUCAAGAAGUUCGCCCAACUGUCCGACGUCGAAAGCAUGUUCAAAUAUUUGGAAAUAUUGAAAUGCCACACUAAUUACGAUCAGGAAAGGUUCAGGGUUGAUUUCGGAGCUAGUUUUACCGUGCCAGUCGAAUUAGUCAUUGGUCCGGAUAUCGGUAUAUCUCAUACCAACGGACAAGUUUCGACGACUAAGAAGAUCGCGGAUUUCGAUCAAAUCCAAGCCAUCCAAACUCUAGUCAGCGAUUGCGAGGAGCACACCAAGGCGACCUUGCAACUCAAAGUGGCCGGUACUCAGGAAGUGUUGUUCUUCACAUGUACCAAUUUGGACGUGGCCGAAAGUUUGGCGGAUUUGAUCGACGGUUAUUGCAGACUACAUUCCAAUACAUCGGCCUCCAUAUGGAACAAGAAAGCUACUGUUUGGAAACAGUUUCCUUGUCCGUGUAAAGAUUCGAAAGAUUUGAAUCCGGUAAAACCUCACAGGUCGAGUAAAGAUAGCUAUUCGAACCCGACGGGCACCAUGCUGUCGGAGGAUUACGCGGAGAUCGUGGAAGAAGGCGAUUACUCAAUACCAGCCGUCAAGAAUUACGAAUUGAAUCGCAACCAAAUAGAACUGCAGGAGAUACUGGGCGAAGGCCAGUUCGGCGACGUCCACAAAGGAAUCGUGAAAACUAAAGACAACCUCCUUAUACCUGUAGCAGUCAAAACGUGCAAAGGAGACGCCGACGCCGCUACUACAGAAAAGUUUUUAGAAGAAGCGUACAUUAUGCAAAAAUUCGACCAUCAGCACAUCAUAAAACUCAUCGGCGUGUGUUCGGAAUCUCCCGUUUGGAUCGUGAUGGAGCUCGCGAAGAUGGGCGAAUUGCGCUCCUAUCUCCAAAAGAACAAGAACCGCUUGGACUUGGCCACGCUCCUGCUCUACGCCUACCAAUUGUCCACGGCUCUGAGCUACUUGGAAUCGAAGAAGUACGUUCACCGAGACAUAGCCGCCAGGAACGUGCUCGUCAGCACCGACAAGUGCGUCAAACUGGCCGAUUUCGGCCUUUCGAGAUGGAUGGGCGACGAUCAGAGCUACUACAAGGCGUCGAAGGGAAAGCUGCCGAUCAAAUGGAUGAGUCCGGAGAGCAUCAAUUUCAGGAGAUUCACGACCGCCAGCGACGUGUGGAUGUUCGGCGUGUGCAUUUGGGAGAUUCUAAUGUUAGGCGUUAAGCCAUUCCAAGGCGUGAAGAACAACGACGUGAUUGGUAAAAUCGAGAACGGCGAGCGGUUGGCUUUGCCGCCCGAUUGCCCGCCUCGCCUCUACUCGCUCAUGUCCCAAUGUUGGGCGUACGAGCCGAGCAAGAGGCCGAGCUUUAAGGACAUCAAGGAAAUCCUUCAAGAGAUCCUCUACGAGGAGAAGAGCGUCCAGCAGGACACGCUGAGAAGGGAGAACAGGAAAAUGGCCGCGAUGUCUUGGGGACCAACGGACGAUUUCAUUCCGCCGAAGCCCAACCGACACCCCAUGCAAGGUGUAGAUCCGUUGACGUUCCAAAGCGACGGCCCGCCCGGUUUGAUCCCCCAAACGUACAUCAUAGCUCAAAAUCCGGAAGUCCUGGCUCACCUAAUGAAAGAGAACGAAACGAGAGGCUGCAAUCCGGCUGGCUACACGACACCGGCCUCGGUAUUUAACACUGUAGCAGUUAACUUCGAAAAGAAAGAUUGUUCCGAUCCCAUCCUAAUCACGAAACCCAUCCCGAUGCAAAACCUCCAGAAACUCGAUCCGGAGGUGUUCGAAAAUUCGAAGGGCGCCGACAAGAAGACCGGCACGCUCGAACGGACCCCGUCCCGUUCGAGCGCCGGCAGCGCCACCCCGAAAAUGGGCUCUCUGGAAAGGCGAAGCGCCGAGAGCUCGGAUUCGCCGAGGUUCGGCAAUUCGUUGGAGCGCAGCGCAACGCCCCACAGCGCUUCGGGCGUGUUCAGCCCGAAAUUGGGUUCGUUAGAGCGCAAAUCUCGAACGUCCUCGCCCAAUUUGGGAUCGUUGGAGCGCCAAAGCAAGCUGCCGCCCUCGAAAAUGGGAUCUUUGGAUCGGAGUAUCGUUACCUCUCACACCCCACCGCUCGUCCCUGUACAAUCCCAAGCGGGCGGUUACGACGUAGAUAGCAUUCCGCCCUACCAUCCCCAUCCCGUAGUGUAUCACUUUAGCGAGAAACCCGUCGAGAUGCAACAUUUCGAAGAAAGCAUUUACGAUUUCGGUGGGGCGGACGUUAAGAGUUGCGCCCACAAACGGCAAUUUUUCGUGCAAAAGGCGACGGCCCAGCCUGUAUCGUCUCUCUACGGGGACCAGUUGCUAUUCGAAAACAACAGAUACGACAACUCGACGAACUUCAACGCUGUGCUCAGGCAAAAAUUGAAACAACAACAAAUGGAGUCCGAGGAGGAUUCCAAGUGGUUGGCCGAGUCCGAGACGCAUUUGAAACGAUUGAGCAUAACCCAAGAACAGGACACGACCGAGAGCACGUUAACGUCGCCGCCGACGAGCCCGAGUUACAUCAGCCCGGCCCCCUAUCAGCCGGCCUCCAACACGGCCUCGUCCCACGGCAGCAAAGGCAACGGCAUGCACAGCAGCACGGGCUCGAUGAGCAGCAGCCAAAGCCACUCGCCGCUCGGUUCGCUCAACAGCACCUUGAGGAGCACCAAGAGCGACGAGCGGCGAGACGACGCGCCCCAAAGCGGAUCUGUGAUAGAGGAAUCCGAAAAGAAGGAACCGGGCCCGGUGCCGACGGCGAACUUGGACCGGACCCACGAUCGCGUCUACGAAUGCACGACGGACGUGGUGCGAGCCGUGAUGGCCUUGUCGCAGGGCGUGCAGCAGUCCAUCGCCGAUCAGUAUCUCGAUCUAGUCAAGAAGGUGGGCGUCGAGCUGAGGUCGCUGUUGGCGAGCGUCGACGAAAUCGUGUCGGCUUUUCCUAUGCAAGCGCAGAGGGAGGUCGAAAUGGCGCACAAGGUUCUCUCCAAGGACAUGGCGGAAUUGGUGAACGCCAUGAAGCUGGCCCAACAGUACAGCCAUACUACCCUAGAUGCUGAAUAUAGAAAGGGAAUGCUUGGGGCCGCUCACGUCCUAGCCAUGGACUCGAAGAACCUGCUCGACGUUGUGGACUCCAUCCGGAUCAAGCAUCCGCACAUCAACCAGCAGAUUUUCAAGUCGAACGAUUCCUUGCCGGAAUCGGAUCGACAGCUCGACGUGCCGGAGGAACGGACUCCUACGGAUAAUCCCGUGCUCUAUCCGACGUCCCUCUCGCCUACGCCUGUCCCUUGUACGUUCGUGCAAAUGCCGCUGUAUACCAAUAACAUCCAGUCGGCGUCGUCGUCUAGCCUGAGCGCUAAGAUUUUAGAUAGUUAAUUUUAUUGAAUAGGUUUUUAUUGCGUUUUAAUAGGUAUCCGUCGCGUCUCGAACGGCUAGUGUACGAUUGUAUGAGACUAAGGAACAGUUUAUUUUAUUUAUUAGUUCUUCCUGGAAUGUAGCGCUGAUGGAAUGUAGGAGGUUGUGUUUCCAAAUGAUAGAUGUGUAUUAUAUAAUGUACGUUCAUUUUUGCUUUAUUGCACUGCCCUUAUUCGAUGAUCGUACAUAAUUUUUAUGAUAUUCGAAAAGAGCCAUCGUUUUGAUAGCUAUGCCAUAAUUUGUAUUAACUCGGUCAAAAUCGAAAAAUUUAACGUUCGCAUGAAAUAUAUCUUAAAAAAAUUAAAUUUAUUUAUAUGUAUUAUGAUUAUUACAAUAAAAAAGUAUAUGCUGAAGGAAUAGCUUAAAGGAAUUGUAUAAACAAAUAUAUAGAUGUUAUUUAUUGUGAAGAAAACAUGCCGUCGUUUAAUAUCCAUUUCUAUAUCUGUUAACGUUCAAUUUUAAGAAAUAUACUACUCCAUAUAAAGCGUACUAGAAAAGUAUGUAGCUAAAAUUAAGUUACCAAGUACGUUACCAAUUCUAUCAUCACAGAAUUAUUGUACGUAUACAUACAUAAUGGUACAUUUCAGUUUGCAAUAUGGUCAUUUCUAUGAGUUGAACAAAGAAAGAUUAUUAAAAUACCUAACAGUUGUUAGAGUGAAAAGUUGCAAUGACACAAUAUCACUCUUUUUUCCUUUAUGUCUAAUGGAAGUUGUCUUUAUCGGACCCAUAGACUUAAUAACCUAUAUUGCAAACAAAAAUGAAUCAACCUGUAUAUCAUUAUUUACACUCUUAAUUCAUAGUACGGCAGAUAAAACAAAUUCACUGUUGAUUUCGCAAUAGAUUAGUAGAAAUGCUCAUUUUUAUUCCUACUAUUUAUAAAUUUAUAAGUUAACCGAUUUUUAAGACUGGUCCAAUUUUAAUUUCUAUUCAUAAUUACAUGUUAAUAAUGAAGCAGCUUAUUUGCUAGUGAUAUUGUCUAAAAUUUUUAUCGAUACUAUGACUUUUUAUUGUACAUAAAUUUAAAUAUUAUUCAUGUGCGAAUUAUUUUCUGGGAUUAUUUCAUAUUCAUGCACAUUUUUCUUCUAAAAUCUCGUGUAGCACGAUUUUAUUUAAUACAUAUUCAGAAGUUCGAUGCAUUAUUAAAAUGAAAGGCAUUGCGAAUAUAGGAAAAAUUAUUUUGUAUAUUUUUUUUAUAUAUUUAUAUGUUGUUCGAUUCUUGUUUUCAGCUUUACGAAGUAAAGAUUUUAUGAAUGAUAUUUUUUACUUUACAUUAGCAAAAUUAACCUUUUCCUCUUAAAAUUAAUGAGAUAUUAAAUAUAAUGCAAAUUGACACAUUUCCUGUUUCAGAUUUCUGGAAAGUCUUAUUCUAAUAAGAAAAGGUGUCUAAUUUUUUAAGUAGCUUAUUCUUAUUAAUUUACAAUCAUCAGAGUACUGUAUUGAAAUUUCUCUAACCGUAAAAAACGAAUAAUUAAAAAUUUUAUAAGGACACAGAAGUAAUCUAUAACUUUAAUGUAAAAAAGGUACAAAUACACUCGAUAAACAAAUUAAAUGAAUGAAUUAUUAAAUAACCGAUAUUAUUUCAUUCUUUCUUUUCUUUAUCGCUAUCUUUUAUUGUUUCUCCCUCUUUAAAAACGCUGAAUGAAACAAUCCAGAAGCACAACCAAUUAGGUAUGAAAAUAUUCGUUAUCACUCCGUAUAACCAAUUACCGUAUAUCAUAGAAUCAACAAUACUAAAGAUGAUGGAUUGCAUGGUAGCAUCCCACCCUCUAAAUAAGAUCACAUCCAAAUUUUCUUCGGGAAAUAAAUAGUAGGUAUUAAUCAUUACAAUACAUACCAAAAUGUUCAACGGAUGAAUUAGAAACCAUAGAAACCUUUGAAAAUAUGAGCAUACC